CCCUGAGGUGGUAUACAGUUAGGUGAUACUGCAGCUUAUUAAUGAUCCUCGUGGAGGCCAUAAGCUUUAAAUUUGAUAAAAGAAGCAGUGUAGUGUGCACACUCACUCCCUCUACGAGGCUCCACCAACACUACUACUCACCAGCUGAAAAUAAAGGCAGUAUAUAAUGGCUUAAAGGAGCAGCCUGGCGCUUCAUUACCCUCCUCAUCACCAAGAUGGCAACACUACACUUGGGACUCCGUGUUAACUCCACAAAACUAGAAAAAGUAACGCUUAAUAAUGUUAAUUUAAGCGACACAGUGGAUACUAUCAGGCAGCAAGCGGCUUCCAAGAGUAAAACCUCAGCAGACAAGAUACAAUUAAUUCACUGUGGUGUAGUUCUCAAAGGUUCUGAUACUCUGAAGGAUGCUGGAAUAACAUCGGGGGCUAUAAUUCACUGCUUGCCUAAGUAUGAGGAGACUACACCAACUGCAGUGCCACUUAGUCUUCCUGAGGUGCAGUCCUUGCUGGUCUCUCUAAGAAAUGUUGCAGCUAGCCCAAAUUUCCGUGAUUUUAUUCAGAAACUUCGUGGCCCAGAAAUGGUAGAGAAGAUCUUAGUCUCGUGUCCAGUUGCUCGAAGUGAUCCCACAGCUCUGGCCAUGCUCCAAGAUCCAGAGCUCUUCAUGGGCCUUACAAACCCUGAUAAUCUAAGCACAGUAGUUGAUGCUCAGCCAGCUGUUGGAAGGGUUGCCCAGUAUGUAGCAUCGCUAAUGACCAAUGAGAACUCCUCUCCUCGUCGCUCCCACCAUGUUUCUUAUUCUAUGGAUGCUCUCUCUGAUGACGACGAAAUGGAUGCUGAACUCUGCGGGUGUGGUAGUCGUCGAGCUAGUGGCUCGAUGCCAUUCCAGCCAAUUGCAUGCUCUCAGCUUGCUGCAGCUCUUGCUAGUGACACAGGUAACAGCAACAAUGGUAGCAACAACAGACUACCUUCUAGUGCCCCUCGUAGCAUUCCCACUACACCAUCUGCUGUUACCACUACACCUUUCAACACUCCAGCCCCUUCAGCUGGUUUGCCCCCUUGCAGCCCAGGGCCCAUCACCCAUGAAAUGUUUAGUAAUGCCCUUCAGAAUGCUCUGGCUGCUUCUGCAAGUCGGGCAUCUGGUCCAUCUUCAUCGUCGUCAUCAUCAGGUCCUCCAUCUGCCAGCAUCCAGAUUCCCAAUCUUGAAGAGUCUUUACAGCUCAUGAGAGAAAUGGGUAUCCCAGAUGAAGAUCUUAGUCGUCAAGCUUUGCAAGCCACAAAUGGAGAUGUCCAAGCUGCAGUGAAUCUCAUAUUUGCCCAGUGGAUGGCUGAUGAUUAAAUUUUUUAAACGUUUGUGAAUUUUAAAUUCAGUAUAUUUUUUAUCUUCUGUUACUUAGUGUAGAUUGCUAGUAUUUUAAUAUUUCUUACUAUAGUUAUAUUCAAUAUAUUUAUUCACUUAAUAUUAUUUUGUAGUAAUGUUUCUUGCAUUGUUAAACUAAAGAAAACAGACUAAAAUUUAUUGAUCUACAGGAAAAAUAAAGAAGUUAUAAUAAA